GUUGGAAUGUCAAUGGCGAGCGCGUACAGACGUUCUCAACGUGUUUUGCCGUCGCCGUCGAGUACAUCGAAUGCGAUUUAUUGACAUAACCUGCCUUUUUAUGGGUUACGUUACAAUUUAUAUGUGUAUAUCAGAGCACCGUCAGUGAGAUAUGCAUUCGUAAACAGUAUUUCGUUCUUUUUCUUCUUUUUGUUUUCGUUGUUGCGCCUUCUUUUCUUCGUUCGCACACACUGUAGCCGUAGCGCAAAAGCACGUUUUAUCAUUACAUAAAAUACAGAGAAAAAAAGAAGAAGUGAAACGAAACGAACAAGUCCAUGUUGUACAUGGCUUAAAACACAUCACCAAAUCCGCAUUCAUUUUCACACGCAUAAUUUGUAUAUAAUUUUGGCUUUUAGUUUAAUUUUAAUUUUAGAACUUUUUUUUCCCUCUGACAGAUUAUGUAAUAAAGUGUUUGGCUUUCUGUUCAAAAUUAAUGUCGAAUAUUAAAUUAAUUCGUUGCCCUAAAUCCUUAACAAAAAAACGAAAUCGUCGGAAAUAAAAUUGAGUUUUUUUUUCUCACUCUCGGUGAAUCGUCGGAUUUGGUGAGCGACAGAUAGUUUUUUUUUUCUUCUUCUUCACAUGUGAAUUGUUAGAGAAAUUGUGACCGCUAAAUAUUGAAUUACAAAAUUCGACGGUAUUCCAAAGCACAAAAACUAGAAGCAAUUUCGGGAAAUUAACCAAUCAAAGAAAAGACUCAACGAGUUAGUGACAUUUCAAAAGCAAUCAUUCAUCCACCACAAGUAAACACAUCGAUAAGAUGACGCUGGAAGAUGCACGUGCGCCAAUUCGAACAAUUAGCGACGAAGUCACAAAACGGCCACACAUCGAUCACUUCCAUGGGAAAGAGGCGUUUGCUGGGGCCAUAGCAGCGUUCGUCACACGAUUCGUGUGCCAACCGUUUGAUGUGCUGAAAAUUCGAUUUCAAUUGCAAGUGGAACCGCUCGGUUGUCACAAAUCAAAAUAUGUGUCAAUGCCACAGGCGGUUCGGACGAUAUUUCGUGACGAAGGUGUAGCCGGAUUCUGGAAAGGACACAUGCCCGGCCAACUAUUGAGUAUCGUUUAUGGUGUCACACAAUUUUGGGCAUUCGAAGAAUGCAAAGACUAUGCCAAGCACUUAAAUCUCUAUCAUCAAAAUGAAAAUAUCUCGAAUUUUGUAUGUGGGUCAAUGGCUGGUGCGCUAGGAACAGUGACAGUGACACCGAUUGAUGUGGUGCGAACCCGUCUCAUCGCUCAAGAUUCGCAUCGCGGCUAUCCAAAUACAUACCGGGCAUUUAUGACGAUUGGCAGACGAGAGGGCAUUCGUGGACUGUAUCGCGGUUUUUACCUUAGUUUAAUUCAAGUAGCUCCAUUGACUGGUAUCAAUUUUAUGACAUACAAAUUCCUCUGCACCACCACCGUCGACGUAAUGAAUUUGCAUGCAAAGAGCGAGAUUCCGGCGCUUAUCACAUUUUUCAACGGUGCAAUGGCUGGACUGGUGUCAAAGGCAGUGGUCUAUCCCCUAGAUUUAGCAAAGAAACGGAUGCAAAUUCAAGGUUUUGGCGAGCAUCGAAAGAACUUUGGCAAACAUUUCGAGUGUACGGGUAUUAUCGACUGUUUCCGAGUGACGAUCGAACGCGAAGGUUAUCGUGGACUAUUCAAAGGCAUGUGGCCCAGUGUACUGAAAACGGGCAUCACAUCGGCAAUGAACUUUUGUAUUUAUGACAAUAUUAACUUAUUAAUUAAAAAUAACUCACAUUGAUUCGCAACUAGAAAAGAAAGAAAAAUCGAGUGAAAAAUCUGACACAAACAAAUUGCAUCAAAAAGUUUGAAAAAGAACAUAAAAAAAACAACACACACACACACACAAACCACAGCAAAAACUACUAUUUUUUGACGUUUUCUUUUUGAUUUGUUCUUUUUUGCAUAUCAUUAUUUAUUCAAUUUUGCGUUUGAUCGAAGGAAUCGAAAGCGAACAGAGGAGCAACAACAAGUACUUAAAUAAUCAAUAAACCAAUUACACAAAUUGUGAUAUUUAAUUGUUUAAAAAAAUGAAGAAGAAGAAGAAGAAGAAACAGAAUAAUUGAAAGAGAAAAAAAAUCAUAAUAACUUUAGUUUUGUAUCGAAAUAGACUAGAAAUAUUCAAAUUAAACAAGAUCUAUUUCAGUUGAACAAACAAACAGAAAACGAA